AUGAGUGCUACGCCCGCUCGUCUACCACGCUACGCUUAUGUUGACGCAGAAUCUGCUGCACGUCAUGCAAAGGACACCGAAGAUGGCUUGUAUAAGUUGCUUCCCGGCGAGGUCUACUGGAAAGAUCGCUAUUUCUUCCUCGACAGCUGUGGUUAUACCUUACGACCCAGGUAUCAUCCAGACUGGAAACCUUCGUGGAUUGGCACCAAUAGGGAUCCUAUGUUCUGCGAAGACUCCAUUAUGCUGAUUACUCCGGGGGUGAUGGAUGCUACUCGCCGCUCAGAUCAAUUUCGAGUGGCUAUCAAGUCAACCCCGAACGAUACGCGGGAGUUGCACAUCGCUCGUUACCUUACAGAGCAACAAUCCGCUCGGAAUCAUUGCGUGCCUGUUCUUGAUAUCCGCCAGGACCCACUAGAACCACACAUGUCGUUGAUGGUUAUGCCCCACUUACGCCGAUUUUACGACCCUGAAUUCGGUACAAUUGGCGAGGUCAUGGACUUCAUACGUCAAUCCCUUGAGGGCUUGCGCUUUCUCCACGAAUGUCGAGUAGCUCAUCGUGAUAUCGCUGCCGCGAAUGUGAUGAUGGACGGAAGAUCGCUUUAUCCCGAAGGCUACCACCCAGUUAGAACCGAGUUUCUCCCCGACGGCGCCAUUGACGCACGGCCUCUCUCAAGAUCUGAUUGUAGCGUGCGCUACUACUAUAUUGACUACGGGUUAUCGGCAUUUUUCGAGGAGGGGGAGGAUCCCUUGGUGCUUGGUCGAACAGGUCGGGACAAAGAAAUCCCGGAGUUGUCAAACGAGGUCCCUUACGACGCGUACCGGGCGGAUGUGUUCGCCCUCGGAAAUCUCUAUCACAAGGAGUUCAUAUCGAAGUAUCAUGGACUCGACCUCAUCCGGCCGCUGGUCAACAUGAUGAAGUGGAAGGACCCUACACAACGACCCACUGCGGAUGCAGCGUUUCACAUCUUCGAAGCAAUCUACAGUCGCACCGAUGAGACACUUCUGCGAUGGAGGCUACGCUCGCGCACGGAGUCCGCGCCGGAGCGAGUCGUCUACGACACCGUCGCUGUGGCUCGUGAAGGAAUAUACCAACUCCGCCGUCUCAUAUCAUAGCCCUUGUCCUGGUAAACAGCUGUCUGACACGACCGACUCCGGAGUUCAGCUGAUGCACAGAGAUCAGUCCCGCUUGUCGUCUUUGUGCUAUCUCGUCACGCUUUGUAACAUUUCUGCUCUGUAUCACCAUAUCGC